UUGGGUUAGGUUUGUCUUCAAAAUCGUCAGAAGAAGAAGAAGAAGUCAAAGACGAUAACAAUGACGUCAUCAUCGUACCUCCGAUUUGCGAUCGCCGUCGUAGCUUUCCUCUCAAUCACCACCAUCACCACCGCACGUCCUUGCAAAACCUUCCUAAUCUCCUCAUAUUCCCUCUCAAUAACCCCAGAAAACCCUAACCUCGAAUCCGAUUUCACCUCCACACGAUUCGUCACCGUUUUCACAAUCCGUCGUCUAAAUCCUCACCACGUGGUUCCUUUCUUCGUCAAUCGUCGUCACGAGAAGCCACAGAUCCAAUCGGAUCGUUCCCUCCCUUUGAUCUCUGAUAACAUCAAUUCGUUUAGAGAUCGAACCAGAGAUAUUCUUAGCGUCGUCGUCGCGCUUUUGUUCGGUGUUGGUUGUGGUGCUUUAACCGCUGCUACUAUGUAUCUUGUUUGGGCUCUUGUUGUGAAUCGUCAAAGCUAUGAUUUUGAGGAAGAAGAAGAUGAUUAUGAGAAUGAUGAAUCUGAUGCUGCUAGCUUGAAGAAAUUGGGUUAUGUUAAGAUUCCAGCUCCAGCUCCUGCUCCUGUGAAGGAAGCUGCUUGAUUUGAGGUUGUGAAUUUCAGUUUCUGCAUAUUAUCAUGAUUUACGUUGUUGCUUAUCUAUGUUGUUGCGUACAAGUAAAUUCGUCUCUGUUAUGGAUUUAUCUAAACUUACUAUACUCUAAGUAUCAGUGUUUUUACGAUUUGUAGUUGAUGUUUCUUAGAUAUAUAUAAGUGUGAUUAUGAUGUUACCUAUGGAUUUAUUCAUUAUCUUUGAUACCAAUGUGACUAGUUUAGGAGCUUAAUACUUAAAUGGAUUGAUCAUCAAAGGAACCAAGGUCGUGACUCGAGAAGUCUGUUUCUUGUUUUCUUUCUGACUUGCUAGAACCUAACUUGGUCGCAGGAUAUGUGUAUGGUUCUCAUAGCCCCAUUUUGUGGUUUAAUAGCUUUCAUUCUUUCAAGCACUGAUUAGCUAGAACCUAAGUAGGUCGCAGGAUAUGUGUCUGAUUCUCGUUAACCAAUCUGUGUUUUGAACAGCCUUCAAGCAUUGGGAGUGUCUAGUUUUCUAUUGCUUAUGGUCAUAUGUGUGUAUGGUUCUCAUUGCCCCAUUUUGUUGUUUAAUAGCUUUCAAGCAUUGCAUACUUAAGGUAGUGUCUAGUUUCGGUUCCGUUUCUUGUAAUCUUACUGACUAGCUAGUAGCUAGACUUUUUAAGUAGGUAGCAGGAUAUGGGGAUGACUCUGGUUGACCCCAAUCUGAGUUUUGCAUAGCUUUCAGAGCAUUGAGAGUGUCUAGGUUCUAUUGCUUAUGGUCAUCUGUAUAUAUGGUUCUUAUUGCCCCAUUUUGUGGUUUAAUAGCUUUCAAGCAUUGUGAACUUUAGGCAGU